AUGGAAGAAGUGGAUCGGAUAACUUUGCCUUUACUCCAUCCUGGUCGCCAAAAUGGCGCUAAAUGGUUUGGACACCACACUCAAGUAUCAACAGCUGUGAGGAAGAUCAUUCAAAGUUGUUUUAGAGGACCAUGGUACUCUUGGAAAAGAGUGCCACCCUUCUACAAACAAACAUGGUUUGAAAUGUUUAAGUUCAUUGGGCAACACCAAAAGCAAAAAGCAAACAGUGAGAAGGUGCGAGCUUCUAGAAUGUCUGAUCGAAAUGGUCUAGGCCCACAUUCUCACCUUGGUGGUUCAAGAUCUUGCGCCAAACUUCAAGAUCUUUUGGAAGCAAACAAUGAAGACUAUUCAUUUAUUGCUGUGAUGAAGAAAGUGCAUCAAAAGCCUGAUGGGACUUAUGUUGAUCAGCGAGCAAAAAUGGUUGAAGAAGUUUAUGAGAAGUAUAUACAAGAGCGACUUGAACAACUUGUAGCUGCCGGUGAAGAGAAUGUGACUGCUGAAAGUCUUGGCCAAACUGAAAAAAAUGAAAUUUAUGUCAAGGCUGCUGCAUAUGCUCAUGGCUCUUCUAAACAAAAUCACAUCUUUGGACUUGGAGCACUAAGUGGAGUUUUAUCAUCUGUUGAAGCUUCUCCAAAUCAACCACAGACUUUUGAAGAAUCAGGGAUGAUAACUCGGAUGCAGGAAUUGGAAGCUGAACUCAAACAGAGCCAUGAAGAAAACCAGCAAUUUCAGAAAAGGCUUGAAGCUAUUGAAAAAAUUCUUCAGUCUCUUGCAAAUCAGAAUGCAUACAUCAAACUUCAUCACUUCCACUACCAAGCAAAUUCACUCCACCACUUCCACUACCAAGCAAGUCACGACUAUUUCCUUUAA